CAAUAAUGAAUGGAAACGCAGAAGAGCCAAGAAAGUCCAUCGCUGGAGUGGGUGUGCGGUCGGACAAAAUGAUUUCAUCCCACCAAGGAUCAGCUUCUACAGAUUGCAAAUCCAGUGAAAAUAACCUGGGAAAAAUAUAAUAUACUUUUUUACUUUGGCGGUAAAGUUCAGAUUUUUCUUGUUAAGAGUUUGUGAUUAAGGCAUCACUCGAUUUUUGUGAAGAUCACAUACUUUAUCUCUAAAACAAUAUGGGGCCGAUGCAGCUACUUUUUCUAACUUAGUGAUGAACACAUGGAUGGAGAGGAAAUCACCUCGGAUCGGAAUUACGAAGUAGUGUAUUUGUUGGGGGAAUUUUAAAUCACACGGGGACACUGAGUCACAGAGAAAACUGUAUUUUUUGUUCCACAAAGGAUAUAUAUUUUCGUGAAAAUGGGGAAUAUCGAGAGUGUGGACGGUCACUCAGAAAUUAAACCUCAUAUAAUGCCGUUAAAAGUUCCCAUGCCGGACCCUACGGAGUUAGAGGAGAGGUUCGCCUUAGUUUUGAACUCCAUGAACCUGCCCCCUGAUAAAGCUCGUCUCCUACGCCAGUAUGACAACGAGAAGAAGUGGGACCUCAUCUGUGAUCAGGAACGCUUUCAGGUGAAAAACCCUCCCCACACCUACAUCCAGAAGCUAAGGAGCUAUUUAGACCCGGGGGUCACGCGGAAGAAAUUUCGCCGGCGAGUUCAAGAAUCCACGAAGGUUCUGCGAGAGCUGGAGAUAUCGUUGAGGACCAAUCAUAUUGGGUGGGUUCGAGAGUUCCUCAACGAUGAUAAUCAAGGCUUGGAUAUCCUGGUGAAGUACCUUUCAUUUGCUCAGUGUGCCGUCAUGUUGGAUUUUGAGGGGCUUGAGGCCGGGGAUGAGGGCUCCCUGGACAAGACUAAGUCCUGGAGCAGGUCUAUUGAAGAUCUGCAUCAGAACGGCAUCCAACCGUUCUGCAACACGCUGUCUCGCUCCGCGCGCCAGUCAGUGCUCCGCUACAAUACGAUAAGUAACAGCAAAACCAUGAAGAACUCCAGGCUGGUCAGCCAGAAGGACGACGUGCAUGUUUGCAUCAUGUGCUUGCGGGCGGUGAUGAACUACCAGUAUGGCUUCAAUAUGGUGAUGUCUCACCCCCAUGCAGUGAAUGAAAUUGCACUUAGCUUGAACAAUAAGAACUUCAGGACAAAGGCCCUGGUUCUGGAGUUACUUGCCGCUGUAUGUUUAGUUAGAGGUGGUCAUGAAAUCAUUCUAUCAGCAUUUGACAACUUCAAAGAGGUGUGCAAAGAGAAGCAUCGCUUUGAGAAGCUGAUGGAGUAUUUCCGCAGUGAGGAUGGAAAUAUUGACUUCAUGGUUGCUUGUAUGCAGUUCAUCAACAUUGUUGUUCAUUCAGUGGAAGAUAUGAACUUCCGUGUCCACCUACAGUAUGAGUUCACCAAGCUGGGUCUUGAUGACUUCUUGGAGAAGUGCAAACACACAGAAAGCGACAAGCUGUCAGUGCAGAUCCAGGCCUACCUAGAUAACGUGUUUGACGUAGGGGGACUCCUGGAAGAUGCGGAAACCAAGAACGUGGCCCUGGAGAAGGUGGAGGAGUUGGAAGAUCAGCUAUCACACAUGACUGAACGGCUGCUAGAUGUGGAGAAUGAAACGAUGAUGAAAGUAGCUGAACUGGAGAAGUUGCUCCUUCAAAAAGACAAAGACCUCGUUGCCAUAAGGGAGACCUUCGAGUCGACCAACUCCCAGGUGCAUACGCUGCGGAGGAUGAUCCAGGAGAAGGACGCGGCCUUCCAGCGGCACCGUCUCGUGGAGAAGCGGCUGCAGGAGCUGGAGCAGCAGGGCACCAUCCGGCUGUGCAAGCAGGCUGAUGGAGACAUCUCCAUUGAGGCCCUGGCUGUGGGUGUGGCUGGAGAGACCCUGGGAGUCAUCACCCCGCUGCCUGCAGGUCCGGUGGGCCCUGGAGCUCCAGGCGAAAUCCCCUCCACCACAGUUGAGCCUGUUGUGCCACCACCUCCGCCCCCACCACCGCCCCCGCCCCCACUGCCCUCUGCUCAAGGUGAGUAUGUACCUGUGCCACCUCCACCCCCUGUGGCCCCGCCUCUGCCUGGAACGUCUCCAACUGUCAUCCUCAGCACCGGCCUAUCAGCCAUUAGAAUCAAAAAGCCCAUAAAGACAAAGUUUCGCCUGCCUGUGUUCAACUGGACGGCCCUGAAACCCACACAGAUCAACGGCACCGUAUUCAAUGAGAUAGACGACGAGAGAGUUCUAGAGGAGCUGGAUCUAGACAAGUUUGAGGAACUCUUCAAAACCAAAGCUCAGGGUCCAAUAAUGGACCUGUCCUGCCCCAAGAACAAAGUUUCCCAGAAGACCAUCAACAAGGUUACCUUGCUAGAUGCCAACCGUUCUAAGAAUUUGGCCAUCACGUUACGCAAGGCUGCAAAGAGCACAGAGGAGAUCUGCAAAGCUAUCCAGAUGUAUGACCUGAAGGCUCUGCCGGUGGACUUUGUAGAAUGCCUGAUGCGAUUCCUGCCCACGGAUGCAGAGAGCAAACUGCUACGUCAGUACGAGCGAGAGCGCCGUCCAGUGGAGCAGCUGGCUGAGGAGGACCGCUUCAUGUUACAUUUCAGUAAAAUUGAAAGGCUCACGCAAAGGAUGACGAUCAUCACCUUUGUGGGCAACUUCAUUGAUAACGUCAAUAUGCUGACUCCGCAACUGAAUGCAAUUAUUGCUGCAUCUGCCUCAGUGAAAUCAUCGCCCAAACUGAAGAGAAUGCUGGAGAUUAUUUUAGCUUUGGGAAAUUACAUGAAUAGCAGCAAAAGAGGCUCAGUUUACGGGUUCAAGCUUCAAAGCCUGGAUCUGUUGCUGGACACCAAGUCUACAGACAGGAAGCUGACGCUGCUGCACUACAUUGCACUCAUUGUGAAGGACAAGUACGUGGACCUGGCCAACUUCUUCAAUGAGUUGCACUUCGUCGACAAGGCAGCAGCUGUAUCGCUGGAGAAUGUGCUGCUGGAUGUGCGAGAGCUGUGCAAGGGUAUGGAGCUGAUCCGUAGGGAGUGCAGCCUCCAUGACCACGUGGUGCUCAAGGACUUCCUGCAGACACAUGAGCCACAGCUCGACAAACUGCAGAAGGAUUCCAAGACAGCAGAGGAAGCGUACAACAGUGUGGUUCAUUACUUUGGAGAGAGUGCCAAGACAACCCCACCCUCCGUCUUCUUUCCUGUGUUUGUGCGUUUCAUCAAGGCGUACAAGGAAGCUGUGGAGGAGAAUGAGCAGAGGAAGAAGCAGGAGGAAGCUAUGAGGGAGAAGCUGCUGGCUCAGGAGGCCAAGCAGCAAAACCCGAAGGUGCAGGCACAGAAGAAGAGGCUGCAGCAGCAGGAGCUGAUCGCAGAGCUGCGCAAACGGCAGGCUAAGGACCACCGGCCUGUGUAUGAGGGCAAGGAUGGCACCAUAGAGGACAUUAUCACAGCAUUGAAGAGCGUGCCCUUCACGGCCCGUACUGCCAAGCGGAGUUCCCGCUUCUUCUGUGACACCAACCUCUACGAUGAGUCCAACUGCUAGCCCCUUACCCCCACGCUGCCCCUGCCCCACCACAGUCCAGAUCUCCGAAACCAGCCCUUCCUGCGUGCUGACGCAGUGAUCCGCUGCGGGUGGAAGCGACUGUAACCCCAGCCCCCCGCCCAUCCUCCCCUCCAGUGACCCUGCCUCCCCUCCCAGCUGCCACACCCCUGUCCAUGUGUCUACGUCCCCUGUCCACACUGACUUGAGACAAGUACAACACUGGGGGUGUGAAUUGAGUAGCGAUAUUUAAUAAUGUAUAUUCAUGUCUAUUUCAAUACGGACAAUGCUAGAGAUUUUGGGCCCCAUGAACGCAUGUCAUAUUGGACCAUCAGUCCAGACCACUAUGUUCCUGGAAUUGUCCUAACUUCCCCCCCCUUUACGGCAUCCCUCACUAGAAGGGGGAACUGGCACAUGGCCUUAUGGGUAAUGGCUGCUGCAUCUCCAGCUAUUCCUACAUAUGGACACCGUUCUUUCAGCCAGAGUCGUCCAUGGAUUGAUUUAUAAAAAAGAAGCUGGCGAGCCAGUGACUGGAGAACGCGUGUAUGUAUAUGUAUGUAUAGUGUCCACCAAUAUGAUCUUAUUUUCAUAACCUGAACAUACUAUGUGAUCAAGCUAGAAGUCAGCCUGCAAAAUAUUGCUAAACUGCCAUAAGAUGUAUAGUCUUAGCCAGACAAUAGUAGACUGCAGUGCUGAUGACGAUGCUGUGUGUGCGUAUGUGUACAGGUGCACAUGCAGACAUGCUAGACAAGCCAAAACCAAAAGUGCCUUUUUCUUAUGACAGUAUUAUAUCUUUAUUCUUUUGUUAUUUGUAUUUUUAAAGCUUUUUUAAAAAAAGGUUUUUUAUGCGUUUUUGUAUACAAUUGCCUUAAAUGUUAAGUACUGUAAAAAGAAUCUUGCAACAUUUGGCUUUAAUUUAAACUGCAGCUUUGACUAGACAAAAUAUGCAUUUCAGUGUUGUAUCUAAUUGUGAUUGUGUAAGGUUUUACGGAUAGCACUGAAGUCGAGAUAUAUGUAUAUAUUUUUCUGUUAAACUACACGACAAAUCUUAAAGAGAAUUUCACCUCUUGAAAUGUUCUGAAGACUCAAGAUGAUUGGCAGACGCUUAGAGUAAUUAUUAGUAAGCACUAACGGCACUGAAUUGGCUUGACUGGUGUUUUGUUUAUGUAUUUAAUUUCCCCUCCAGUAGCUUAAAGGGGUGAACUGACAAGUGGAAGAAAGACGUGUUGUUUAGUACUAUCAUAAUUAUUAGUAUUAUCAUACAGUGAAUUAGGAAACCACUACUUUCCAGCAGCUCUGCAUUUUCCAAGGAUUGUUUAAGAAUUUGCUCACCUGUCCUGCAAAAAGUGGCCGUUUCAUGGUUUUUGCAAACUGUACAUCUUGUGUUUAUAUCAAGCUGAAUUUUAUACUUAUAUCUAUUUUGCCAAAGCUGUUGAUGGCAAUGAGGCACAUCUGAGAAACCGAAUGGAGGUUUUCAGAAUAGUACAGUUAUUAGUGUACAGUCAGUAUAACACAGUUGUUACAGAGCCAUCAGUCCAGUACAGCCACUGCACCCCAGCUGCUGCAGUACAGUGCAGCUGGCUAGUACAGUUUCUCUUUAGUUAGAAAACGAACCAGAAAAAUGUGAUAUUUUCACAUAUCACAUAUGCGUGCAUUUUUAAUAAGCAGUGUGCCGGUGAUUUCUACAAGGCUAUGCUGGCAAUCCUAAAGAAGUUAUUGCACAUUUAGUAAGUAGAUGCAGUAAUUGCAAAAUAAAUAUGAAGUAUAAUCAGGCAUCCAGAUGUUUUGGAGAUUCAAAUCAAUUAAUGUCCAUCCCAGCUGAGCUUUAAGAUCAUGUUACCAGUGACGUCUCCAGUGGAAAAUGGCUCAUUAGUUCCCAGUAUACCAGUAACCUUUAGUACACUAAUUAAACAUAAACUAAUGCACACUACUCUGUGCACUAUUCUAUGCAUUUUCUUCAAAUCAAUAUGAUCAGAGACAAGUGUAACAAUUGGAAACAGUAAGAUAAUGUCAUGGAAAGAGAACUUUGUCUCUUCUUUUAAUAAAUUCAGAAAUACUGA